AUGUGCUGCUUACUGAGACCCUUUCAGCUCCUCUACCUUCUUUUGUUCCUCCUCAAUUUUCAACCUAAUCUUUCAUCUUCUUCUUCUUCUUCUUCAAUAACACAGUUGUGCUCUCCUGAAGAAGCUGCUGCAUUGAUCCAAUUCAAGACCUCUUUUUCCAUUGAUGAAUCUUCUUCUUGGUGGUGCGAUUAUUAUAGCAAAAUAUCUUAUCCCAAGACAAAUUCAUGGAAGGAGGGUUUAGAUUGCUGCUCAUGGGAUGGGAUCACUUGUGAUAACGUCAACGGUCAAGUGAUUGGCCUUGACUUGAGUUGCAGCUGGCUAUAUGGCAGCAUUGCUUCCAACAGUAGUCUUUUUCAUCUUCGACACCUGCAGAAACUCAACCUCGCCUUCAACUAUUUUAAUUUAUCCAAGAUGUCAUCUAAGUUUGGUCAGUUUGCAAGUCUAGAGUAUCUCAACCUCUCUGAAGCAUACUUCAGAGGACAAGUCCCAUCCCAAGUCUCCCAUUUGUCGAAAUUGGUUUCACUUGAUCUCUCUGGGAAUUAUAUUCAAACACUUGACAAACAUACUCUGAAAGGACUUAUUGAGAACCUAACAAAGGUGAGACAACUUGUUCUUGAUGAUAUCAAUAUGUCUUCCAUUAGUUCUAAUGCCUUGAUGAAUCUAUCCUCAUCUUUAAGGAUUCUUAGUCUCGUUGGUUGUGGAUUGAUAGGAAAAAUCCCAGAAAAUAUUUUUCACUUCUCACAACUCCGUUUUUUAGGCUUGUCAUAUAACUAUUUUAGUGGACAAAUUCCAUCCUCACUUACAAACCUAAGACAUCUUGAAUUCUUAUACAUUUCUAAUAACCAACUAGAGGGUUCCAUUCCUAAUGAGGUAACUGCCUUUCCUAAUCUAAUCUCUCUAGACUUAUCUUUUAAUUUACUCAAUGGAACACUUCCAUCAUGGUUGUAUACAGUUUCCACAUUGAAGCACAUAGCUCUUGAGAAUAACAAACUCAGUGGUGAUAUCAAGGAAUUCCAAUACAACUCAUUAGAAGAGAUCUCUUUAGGGAAUAAUAAACUCAAAGGUCCUAUUCCAUCUUCAAUAUCCCAUCUUGUGAACCUUACAUUUGUCGACUUAUCAAAUCUAAUUGGUAUUGUAGAGGUUGACAUGUUCUCAAAACUCCAAAAUCUCCAAGUCCUAGACCUUUCAUAUAAUAGUCUAUCCUUAAGCUCUAAUGGUGUUAGUGCUAAUUAUACAUUGCCAAAUCUUCAAGGUUUAUAUUUGUCUUCUUGCAAUGUCAGUGAAUUUCCUCAAUUUUUAAGAGGUUCAGAAUCUUUAAAACGUUUAGACCUUUCCAACAAUAGAAUUUCUGGGAAGAUACCCAAGUGGAUGUGGGAUGUGGGAAAGGACUCUUUGUGGAACUUGAAUCUAUCUCACAACUCUUUGACAGAUUUUGAGCAAAUUCCAUGGAAGGAAAUUGAAUAUCUUGACCUUAGCUCCAAUUUCAUUCAUGGAGAUCUUCCGAUUCCACCUUCAACAACAAUGGUGUUUUUAAUCUCAAAUAAUAGUUUGAGUGGAGAGAUCCCUUCUCUGCUAUGCAAUGCAAAUAACCUUGAAUAUCUUGACUUGUCUCACAACAACUUGAGUGGAAUUAUUCCACAAUGUUUUGGAAACUUAAGCCGAGGCCUUUUUGUGUUGAAUCUACAAAUGAACAAGUUUCAUGGACCCAUUCCUUCGGUUUUUACAAAGGGAUGUCCUUUGUAUUAUCUCAACUUAAAUGGCAAUCAAUUAGAAGGACCUUUACCACAAGCCAUCGUUAAUUGUAGACGGUUGGAAGUGCUAGAUCUUGGUAACAACAAGAUCAAUGAUACAUUUCCUUAUUGGUUGGAAAGUCUUACACAACUACGAGUUCUUGUGCUGUAUUCGAAUCAACUGCAUGGUUCUAUUCAUGGCCCGUGGUCCAGUCAUUCUUUCUCUGAAAUUCAAAAUUUUGACCUGUCAAGUAAUUAUUUUACUGGACCACUUCCAGUUAAAUAUAUAAAAAAUUUCAAGGUUAUGAUAAAUCUCACUGUAGAUGAAAGUGAAAUGUCAUACAUGGGGACGGGGGGUCGUGCUCCUGGUGACUUCUAUGGUUAUUCUACUAGAAUUGCAAUAAAAGGACAAGAGAUGGAAUUGGAGAAAAUUUUCUCCGGGUUCACGAGCAUUGACCUCUCAAAUAAUGAGUUUCAAGGUGAGAUUCCAAAGGUUAUUGGAAAGCUUGACUCACUCAGAGAGCUUAACCUUUCUCAUAAUAACCUUAGUAGUUGUAUCCCCACAACAAUGGGGAAUUUGACAGCACUUGAGUCGCUGGAUCUCUCUUCGAACAAGCUUGUUGGGAAGAUUCCGGAGCAGUUGACUAGUUUGGGUUCUCUUGAAGUGUUAAACCUUUCACAAAAUCAGCUCGUUGGACCUAUACCUAAGGGAAAGCAAUUCAAUACCUUUGGUAAUGACUCGUAUGCUGGUAACUUGGGAUUGUGUGGGUUUCCAUUGUCAAAGAGCUGUGACAACACUGAGGCACCCAUUUUUCCUGAGGAAGCAGAUUCUGAAUUUGGAUUUGAGUGGAAAGCGGCAUUGAUGGGUUAUGGAAGUGGACUAGUGUUCGGAAUAUCUGCAGCAUAUAUCAUGUUCACACUUGGAAAACCAAGAUGGCUUGUAAGGAUGGUUGAAGAAGUAGGCUACAAAUUGAAGAGAUAUCUCAAAGGACGAAAGAAUUUGUAAAUUAGUAAGGAGACCUCAUCUGUUGCUGGUGGAUGGAAUGCAAAUAUCAUGAUCACACUUGGAAAACCAAGAUGGCUUGUAGGGAUGGUUGAAGAAACAGGUUACAAAUUGAAGAGAUAUCUCAAAGGACGAAGGAAUUUGUAAAUUAGUAAUUAAGAUGGUUGUUGCAGACUAUG